AUGGCCUCCGGACUGCGUCCAGGCCCUCUGCUGGUGCUGCUCCUCGUCCUCCCCGGCUCCGAGGAGGCCUGUCCCUCCGUCUGCCUCUGUUUAUCGGACACGGUGAGCUGCAGCUCCAGCGGUCUGACCAAGCUGCCUCUGUCCCUGCCCUCCUUCUCCGUCACCCUCGACCUCAGCCACAACUACCUGUCCUGGCUGUUUCCGGCCAGUUUCAAAAAGAUGCCCCGGUUGGAAAACCUCCGCAUGGCCCACAACCAGCUGGAUUCCCUGGCUGAAGGGGUGUUUCGCAACGCCUCGGGCCUCCGGCACCUCGACCUGUCCUCCAACAAGCUGCACGUGGUGGAGCAGCACUACUUCCAGGGGCUGUGGCGGCUGGAGGAGCUGCUGCUCUUCAACAACAAGAUCACGCAGGUGGAGGGCGGCACGCUGAGCGGCCUGAGCAGCCUGAAGAAGGCCUACUUCAGCAUCAACCAGAUCACCGACUUCCCCUUCUUCUCCAUCCGGGACCACAGUCACCCUUUCCUGACCAUGCUGGACCUCUCGUCCAACCGCAUGAGCCGCCUGCCGUGGGAGGACGUGAAGGCGUUGCCCGGGCUGGUGCAGCGGGGGCUGUACCUGCACAACAACUCCCUGAUCUGCGACUGCUCCAUGUACAGCGUGUUCUGGCAUUGGGACCUGAGGGGCUACAACUCGCUGAGGGACUUUGCGGACGAGCACACCUGCAGCGUGGAGGGGAACCCGCGGGCCUCCAUCCGCUUCCUGCGGCACUCGCGCUUCUUCCGAAACUGCACCGUGGAGAAACCCGUCUCGCUGCCGGUGACCGUGCUGCUCUCGCACGUGACGGUCACCGAGGGGCAGCGGGUGCGCCUGGACUGCCAGACGCCCUUAAGCGGCACGGAGCUCUCGUUCACGUGGCUCUCCACCGGCAAAGGGCGCCUCACCCGGGCCAGCAUGAACGACACCCUGAUGAGCAUGUUUGAUAAUGGCACCUUGGAGAUCGGCGCGGCCAAGGUCAACGACUCCGGCUUGUACGUGUGCACGGCGGCGGAUGUCAAACAGGCGCUGAACGCGACCCGGGAGGUGAACGUGACGGUGCUGCCGCCGCCGCCGCCGGGCUCCUUCAACACCGGCUACACGACGUUGCUGGGCUGCGUGGUGACCACGAUCGGCGUGCUCGCCUACCUCUACAUGACGCCGUGCCGCUGCGGCUGGUGCAAACAGCCCAGGUCGGCUAUCCCGAUCUCGACCUACGACCCCAGCACCCUCACGCCCGUUUUCUCCCCGUCCGCGAGAGACAAAAUAAACACUCACAAGCAUGUGGCGUUCAUGGAGCCCACGAGGAGCGAGGAGGAAGGAACAGAAUGGGCACCCGAGAGUUGA